CAAACAAACGCGCACAUGCCCAGCGUUGAUUUGCCUUUGUCUGUGCAUUUUUACUUCCUACUCAUUGUAUUUAAUUUGAUUUCUCGAUAAUUUUAUAUAUAUAUAAUGCGUAUCACUCUGUAAGCACUACUUAGAAUGGUAUUAUUACUAGUUUUUGAAGAAUCUAUUUAAACACAGUAAUAAAGUAUUUGGAUUUGGUUACCUUUUAUCUUUUUUUUUUUUUGGCGUCCUGAUUUAUGAUUUUAUAUCAUAUACUAGUGAGCUUUACCAUGAACUCAAUGUUGUACAGAGAAGUGUUUUGCUAUAAAACAAGGGCCAUUUUGGUCGCUCUUCCGGUAAAAUCAGCUCCUCUUUUGGACGAUUUACGGUAAUCCCACAUGACAGCCCGGAUGAAGGCCGCAUGUGUGUUUUUCACAAGCAGGACUCUCUCAACUAUGGCCCGGCACAAAUUCAUCGACAUUGGUGUGAACCUGACCGACCCCGUGUUCCGAGGGCUCUACAGAGGCAAGCAGAAGCACCAAGACGACUUCCAUCACGUCAUCGACAGAGCUGUCGACGCGGGCGUUGAAAAGUUCGUGAUCACAGGCGGAAGCCUGGAGGACAGCGAGGAGGGCGUCAAACUGGCCCGCAGCAGAGGUAACCGCGACAACAACUUCCUGGGCAUUUUGGGGUGUUUUAUUGUGUUUGCUCGAUGCGCAGACGGGUUCUACUGCACGGUGGGCUGCCACCCGACCCGGUGCGGCCAAUUCGAGGAGGGCGACGGCGCCUCGGAGUAUCUGGCCCGGCUGCAGCGUCUGGCGGCGGCCAACCGAGCGAAAGUGGUCGCCGUCGGAGAGUGCGGACUAGAUUUUGACAGGCUGGAAUUUUGCCCCAAAGAGACACAACUCAAAUACUUCGAGAUGCAGUUUGAUCUGGCAGAAGAGACCAAGCUUCCCAUGUUCCUGCACUGCCGCAACUCCCAUCAGGACUUUGUGGGUGAGUCACAAGGUCUGGUCUGGUCUGCUCGUGUAUCACAGAAUCUGCCGGUCUUCUUCUGUGCUUUCAGACGUCAUGAGGAGGAAUCGAGACAGAUGCGCGGGAGGCGUCGUCCACUCGUUCGACGGGACCGCGGAGGAGGCCGCCGCCCUCGUCGAGUUGGACCUCUACAUCGGGAUCAACGGCUGUUCCCUGAAAAGCGAGGCCAACAUCGAAGCCAUGAAGCGCAUUCCCACCGACAGACUGAUGAUCGAAACGGAUGCUCCCUGGUGCGGCGUCAAGAGCACGCACGCCAGCUUCAAGUAUGUCAAGACCACCUUUCCCACCAAGAAGAAAUGGGAGGCGGGGAACUGUCUGAAGGACAGGAACGAGCCCUGUCACAUCAUACAAGUUCUGGAGGCGAUGGCUGCAGCGAGGGAGGAGGACCCGCUGGAGCUGUCCAGCAGCAUCUACCACAACACCAACAGAGUCUUCUUCUCAUCCGCUGGAUGAUUUUGAGCCUGAGAUGAACACAAUGCAACAGCAUGGACCCGUUUGUUGACCGCUUUAAAUAUAGACGUGUUGCAGAAAUGGUUCAAUAAAUGAUUGUAUUUUCACCAUAUUUUA